CGCGGGAGCCGCGCGCUGGGUGCCUGUGGGGGCUACUUCGGAACGGCGGCGGCUGGAGCUCCAACCCCGCGCUCGCUCGCCUGCGCGUUCGUGGAGACCGCGCGCGCUGGCCCCUCGCCGCUCGCUCCGCGCCCGCCGCGUGGAUCCGCAAGCGUCCCGCGUCCGGCCCCCGGCUCGUCCUCCUCCUCCCGCGCCGGCUGCGGCUGAUCCGGCGCAGGAGCCGACAGGGCCGCGGGGUGAAGGUAAAAGCCCACGACUUUAGGAAGAAACAUGAGGUUCUCUUGGAGACUAUUCAAAAGGAAGAUGGAGGGGGCCGCCUAAAAGAGAUUAAAAGCUGCAGACCGCAAGCCUGGGGCCAGAGGGCUGGCAGUGGAAAACCCUGCUGGGUUGUGACCUCUCCCUGAAAAGUUCUAGGUGCCUUUUUGCUUCCUGCAAAAAAAAGGAAGAGAAGGAGAAGACCAUGUCCAUAGCCUUGAAGCAAGUGUUCAACAAGGACAAGACCUUCCGGCCCAAGAGGAAAUUUGAACCUGGCACGCAGAGAUUUGAGCUCCACAAACGGGCUCAGGCGUCCCUCAACUCCGGUGUGGAUCUGAAGGCAGCUGUGCAGCUGCCCAAUGGGGAGGACCAGAACGACUGGGUGGCGGUGCACGUGGUAGACUUCUUCAAUCGGAUCAACCUCAUCUAUGGCACCAUCUGCGAGUUCUGCACUGAGCAGACCUGCCCUGUGAUGUCAGGGGGCCCCAAAUAUGAAUAUCGGUGGCAGGAUGACCUCAAGUACAAGAAGCCAACUGCCCUCCCAGCUCCUCAGUACAUGAACCUUCUUAUGGAUUGGAUUGAGGUCCAGAUCAACAAUGAGGACAUAUUUCCAACCUGUGUGGGUGUUCCCUUCCCCAAGAAUUUCCUUCAGAUCUGCAAGAAGAUCCUGUGCCGCCUCUUCCGAGUCUUCGUCCACGUCUACAUCCACCACUUCGACCGCGUCAUCGUGAUGGGUGCGGAGGCCCACGUCAACACCUGCUACAAACACUUCUACUACUUCGUCACAGAGAUGAACCUCAUCGACCGCAAGGAGCUGGAGCCGUUGAAAGAGAUGACGAGCAGAAUGUGUCACUAACGCCCCUGCCUUGCCUUCGGAAGACAGAGGAAAGCUCUUUCCUCCGGGAGUCCCGAGCAGGGAGUCAUCCCUCGCUUAAAUGGCACGCCUACUUCCAGGAGCAGGAGAGGUGAAGACGAGCCAUGAUUCCUGAGAGACGUUCCCCACUCACCCCGUGUGCUCUUAACCCUCUGAGUGCUGCUAGCCACGACCGGUGGACCUGUCCGACCACAGCAUGCAAGAAGGACUACCCCUUGCCCCUUCUGGCUCUGAGUUGCCCCCAGAAAGCCUCUGCACUUAACAGGCACAUCACAGCUCUGCUGAGACCUGCCGCCUAAGCUUUACUGGAAUUCAGGUUUUGAGACGGAGACACUUACUUGUACUUUCCCACUCUGUCUUGUCAGCUGGCCGACUUUUCUGUAACGUGGUUUCUAAGUACCGGGGGAAUUUUGGAACUCUGGAUGAGCCGUGAGUUUUUCUAAAACAAACCUUCCUUUCAAAGCUCCGGCCCUGAUCUGAUUCGGUGGUUUAACUUUGCGCAGGGCCUGGAGCCAGGAGAGAUCUGAGACCCACCCCACAGCCUCAGCACGGUUUCCCACUCCAUGACCCCAAUCAAACCUUAACGACAGGCGGGGGAGACCGGUCGCUAGCAGAAAGCUGAUGCAUUACCAGUUAACUCUGAACAGAAUGUGCUUUUUACAACCACACCAUUCCUUGUCUUUUCUAGUCAAGGUAUUUCCUUCCUGUUUCCCAGAAAAGAGGAAGAAAAGGAAGUUGUAAAUGACCAGGAACGAUCCGCAGAAGCCCUGAGCCAGACAGAUCCGUGCAGCGUUUUUUCUUGACCAAAGGGGAGGGAGUUGUGGCUGUCUCCACAGAAUAUGAAAAUUUCAGUGAAAAAAAAAAAAAAAACAGAAGUGCAAUUGCUUAUUUGGUGCGCUUAACUCAGACAGCUGGUUCAUUGGCUCGUAGCCUCCCCAGCUGGCCCUCUGAGCGCCUACAUCCAGGUCCAGCCUGUGUUUUCUUUCUCUUCCGCUACACGUCCCCCACCCUCCCUCGGCUGGAUUGUGUUGGGUCACAAAAUUAAUUUCUGCCCCUAGGAUUGUGCCACCGUUGCCAAGGGAACAGUGGCACUGGAGCGAACUUCCUUCUUCCAUUACUUCCCAGUUUUCCAUUCCAGUCAACAGACGAGCACAGUCUGUGCCACAUCCUGCCUUUUGAAACCCAAGUGAGUCUUCGCUGAAGAAACGUUGCCUUCUCUGCUUCAUUCGCAAACCUGGUGGGCUCUCGGGGGUCAUGAUACUCCCAGGGAUCCUUCGAAUUUGACAAAACGGCAGUUGGUGGAGGGAAGUAGAUAAGAAUGUAUUCGUGUAUUUUAAUGUAACGCCGAUUAAAUCAUCCCGAAACAACUCCGAUUUCGUUUCAUUAUAUGUCAUGCGUUAAAGCUGUUCAUGGCCGCCCCAGGAGCCUAGAAAGUGAAAUCUUUCCUUGUCCAAAGAAAGGACUGACUGUCGGGGCACCGUGGCACCCUGCCCUGAUCCAGCAAAGCAACCUUCGCGUCCCGUCUUGUCCAAGUAGUCUCACGGAAUCCAAGUGCUGCUACCUCUUUCCAUCUUGUUGUGCUCUGGUCAACAACCAACACACCCUCUCCCCUUUUUUGGCUUCCUAAGUAACUCCGAGAGAAUAAGAUAAACUAAGAUUCUUCUCAGCCUCAUAUUUGGCUGAAAAAACACCUGACCGUCCUAAGGAUCCAGAGAACAAAGAAACAAGACCCCCUCUUCCCAGCCUAUGCAACACGCAGUCAGUACUGCGUGGGGAUGUCGAACGGAGGGACAGAGAGAUGACAGUGUGGAGCCCAUGCCCUAGGAGGAACUCCGAAGUUCUGCCACCAUGGAAAACCACAGGAUUUUUGCAUUAAAACGUUGACCAUGUUCCUGUGUUUCAGUGAUGCCUGACCAAGCAGGUUGCUGGACUCUGAAGACAUUUGUUAUUAAUUCUUUUUAAGGUUCUUUUCUGUUGACUGUUUGUGCAUAUGAAAUUGCCAUUCAAUUUAAAAGACCAAAUAUUUUUAAGCUUCUUGGCACAAUUUCCUCCUGGUUAUAUUUCUGAUUGCAUUCAUCAGCUCUUCUAAGAUAAGUUCUGGCAAACCACUCUUAUUUUUAAUUAGAGUAUUCCUAGUCCUGCAGAACUUUGUUUGGCAAAUUCUAAAGAGAAUCAUUACAGGUAACUCUCAUCUCUUUGACCUGAUGACAUCCUAAGUUCAUCUCAUUGCAAAGGGGGGAGCUGAGCCCCUGGCAGUGGCCCGGGCCCCUCUGGCUUUCUGGGUCUGAGCCUGACCUGCUGCUUCUUCCUCCUCACCUGAUGAGCUCUCCCUUAUUUCCCACUACCUUUUUUUAGCUGGGUAACACAUGUAUCCACUUUUUUUUUUU